AAAACUACACAGACUAACAUGGCUGAAAUGAAUAUGAAAACCAGGAAGUACUCCUUUUUGCCUCAGUGCUCUGCACGAUGGAACAAUCUACAAGUGAGCCUCCUCAAAAGACGUUUAAUUGCCAGUUGUGUGGUUUAAGCAGCCCGUUUACCUACUACGGCCAGAAACCACCAAACACCCGAGCUAUUGUGUAAGUCAGCGUUAAAAUACGUGUCCCGCCUUCCCCCGAGCUCAGUCUGCUAAAGCUAAAGAUGGGUUAGCUGCUGCUGUGUCUCCGUCUAAGAGCUGAAGCAGAUCACAGUGAACACACUACUGAAGUCUGAGAGGCUUUUUCUCUCUGUAGUAACACACACAUUUCUGUAAUAAUACACACAUCCCCGUUUACUUUGUAUUUUGAGUCAUAAUCUGACCUCGGUUUGCUUUCCCGUUCCCUAAGGUUGCUUGAAGAGUGUUAUGUGACCAAGGACCCCUUCAGUCCGGACCGGGAAAAGUUCCUGGUUCUGGGCUCAAACUGCAGUCUGUGCGGCAUGUGUGUCUGUGUUGCAUCGGUAAGAUAUCUAACUAUUAAUUUGCUAUAGAGUAGAUACAGGUUAGAAUACAUAAAUAAAUGCAUCAGUAAGUCGGGCUAGGACGAUGUGCUUUUCUCCACAUUCGCUUCUUCUACGAUAUUUUGGAUGCUGAUUCGAUUUAUAAAUUGCGAUUCUACGAUAUUGUCAAUUUUCUCGAUUUUUAAUCUGCAUUUUUAACAGCAGUGAGACAGUUGAAUGAUAAUGGUUGUCUACUGACUAUUCCAGGAACCAUAUUUCCCCAAAAAAUACACAUCACAUGUUUUUGAGAUUUAUUCUUAAUUUGGAAAAAUUUUUGAACAUAAAAAUCAAUUUAAAAAAAGUUGUAAAAGAAAAAAUCGCAAUAUUUAUGUGGAUCGAUUUUUUCUCCCACUUCUAUUGGUAAGAGUUUUAAAUAUGUGUGCUCGUACUGUUCAGCUUCUGCAAACAACUCUGAAAUCAUAUAUUUUAUGGAGACACAAACAUGAAUCUUUGUAUUAUAAAAAAAAAGGUACAACAGAAGAGAGCUCCCUCCUGGCUUUAAGUUGACCUUGUAGAUCAGAUGAGAUAACAUACAGUUGACAUGUUUUUCCCAGGUGACUUUGUAAUCAUGUGCCUUGUAUGUGCUGAGUGAGCUUCAUGACUGUUACGCUUUUGAAAUCCAUUUAUUCAGUUUCACAUACAGGUAUUGGAACAUAUAAAAUUUGUGUGACCAGGCAAAUCAUGUAGUGAAGUGAAACUGGAGAAUUGAUGCUUAGCUCUUGUGUUCUCUUCUGUCAGGAAUGCAGCCUCUUCUACACCAAGAGAUUCUGCAUGCAGUGUGUGAACAAGCACUUGGACCAGUUUCCUCAUCAGAUCCAGGCCGAGCUGGCCAAGAAGAAGCCUGGCUCUAGAGCUGCUGUCUCGUGACAUCAGAGUAGGGGUCUUUAACUGGCUGUCUCACAUAGGAGGCACAUGUGAAUGCUUAGAUGGAGACUCACACAUGCCACCUACAUUAGCACUCCUUUAUCAAAUCUAUACACAGCCACAACUCAACAGAAACUGCAGCUAAAAUCAAACCACUGGUAGCCGGCUAUCAUAAGUUUGUUUUAUCAGGAUUUGAUUUAAAAACACUAAUUUUUAACAUUACUUCUCAUCAAAAAAGACAGGAUACUACUUGCAGCCUUUUUGAACAGUCAGGAUAUUUAUAUAUUUUUGUUGUUCUUAUAUGACUAUUUGAACAGGCCAUCAAGGGCAACCUGUCGUCCCAUCUGGGAAUUAAUUUAGCACACAUUAACCUUGACUCAGAAACUUUGCUCAGGUAUAGUACUGACAUCCAACAUUUUAACUCAACAUUUAAAACUCUUUGAGAGAGUGUUUAAAAAAACAAGCAACAAGUGUGUUUUCUUGGAUUCAUGGGGACUUUGUUGGUUAUAGUUGUGGGCUCAUGAUCAGCCCUGCAGAAGUACUGACAUCCUUCAAGACGAGUUUCAGGGCAGAUUCAAAAUCAGAUACCUGUACUCAUCUUCUCUUUACUCAUUGAAUUAUGCCUGCUGUACUAUGAUUUAUGUGAAAACACCUUUGUUUACUUUUUCAGAAACAUGUUUAUGGUCAUGCCUGUAUUAAAAUAAUAAUUUCGACUGUAUGUGGAUGUGUGUGUUGACAGUUGUAAAUUGUAUGCCUCUUUGACUCCUGUGAAAUCAUCCUUUUCCCGUUAUAAUCUUAAACUAUAAAGACACUACAGUGACCUUUCUCUGUUAUUUUUAAACGUCUGCGGAUCUUCAUAAAUGAGUAACCAACGUUCCUUUUGAUGACAGAGUCAGCUGCAGUUGCAUCAUCUUAUGCAGUUUUAUUUAGCGUGUGUUUUCUCCAAAGCUCAAGGACUGGGCCCAAAUAUUUGAGAACCAGAAGAAAAUAAACACAAGUAUUACCUAUUAAGCAUUGCUUAUAAAUGUGUGACCCAAACAAAA